UGGUUGGCCCUCAUUCCCGUAUUAUUGGAAGGAACUAAGGAAGCACAAGGGCACAGUUGACAGUGAUUAUUUUGAGCUGAGGGAUUAGAUAUGUCUCGGCUGCUUAAAUCAAAUUUGAGGGGUUUCCUAAUUACCCAAAUCAGGAUGUCAUCCGACCAGCUGGGUGAGCUGGGUAAAGGAGCUGGAAAGGGAGGUGGUGGUGGAGGUUCAGUCCGGGAGGCUGGAGGAGCCUUAGGCAAGAGGCAGGCAGCUGAAGAAGAGAGAUACUUCAAGCGUAAGGAACAGGAGCAGCUGGCUGCACUGAGAAGACAUCAUGAGGAGGAGAUUGACCACCACAAGAAGGAAAUUGAGCGUCUGCAGCGAGAAAUCGAUCGCCACAAGGGCAAGAUCAGGAAACUGAAGCAUGACGACUAAGUUCUGAUAACACUCCUGCACGGGCCAGUUCAUGCCAAACUUCACUUAUUCCCCAAGCUGCCAUCUUGGCCAGCUUUGUUCAUGUUUGACUGUUCAUUGAUGGAUUAUGGAUUAAUAAAAUACUGAGCGCAUA